AUGAAUAUGAAACAAGAAAAAGAUAAAAUAGAAGAAGAUAAUGGGUUGGAAAAGAAUAAUAAAGAAACGGAAGUAGGGGAACAUGCCAUGAAAAACCUAAUGGAGAUUUUUAUCAGUAUGAAAUUUAUUGAAGUUUACAUUAAUGAUUCUAAAGUUAAAUUUAAGUUUGAUUCUGCUUCUGAUGUAACUAUUAUUGAUGAUGAAAUAAAAAAAAAUGAUAGUGAACCUACUAUUUCACAAACCAACCAGAUUGCAAAAAAUUCUUCAGGUGAAGAAGUUAAACUUACAGGAAUAAUGAAUUGCCAAAUUGCCAAACUCAGAGCCAGUCAGUGGAACAUGCUUGGUUUCGUCCAUUAA